AUGGAUGCAUUUGUCACCAGGCACCCGCGGACACACGAUGCAUCUUCACAGAAGCAGACCCCGCCCACCGAGGAGGCACCUCAAAGACCGGCCAAACGUUUCAAGAUUGAUGAGAUAGCCGACUCUGCAUCAGAUGAUGGUGAUUAUGAUGAAUAUGAAAAAAACUUCGAGACUAUACCGGAAAUGGGCGAUCAAAGGAAUACGGAGAUCGAAAAUGCCUUGCCAGCAACGCAGUCAGAAGAUGAAGCCGCGGAAGAAUAUGAGAAGUUCAAGUUAUCCCAAGGUGAAAAGUCGGAUGACCCCGGUACAGAAUUACGUCCGAAAUGGGUGAGGGGACGCAAAUCCAUAUAUGUCGACGCCUUCAACCUUGCCCUAGACACCGUGCUCGAGGAAGAGUCUCACCUAUUUGACGAGCAAGAGAAAAAAGUGUUUGACCACUGGAAGCAGCUGGAUUAUGAGACUCAAUUCAUGUACGUGCGACUAUUUCUUCGUAAAACGGACUGUUGGCAUAGGAUCAGCAGGUUAGGCCACUAUACCGAUGUCUCGGACCCCGAAAGGGCCAUCCAGGCAUUGCAAGAGCCUCGGGCGCUCUCGCCGGAAAAAGGCUCUGUCGUCGGUGAGGAGCCGCUGUCGUUGCCGGGUAUGGAUCUGCCGGAGAUGGCUCUCGGAGAUGACGAGUUCAAGUUCACCUUUGCCGACAGCUCAGAGAGGUAUUUCAACUCGGUAGAGGAGACUGCCUCGCUUCUGAGCCUCGACGAGCUCAGGUCCUUGGCCAGGCAGGCCAAAGUCCGUGGAAAGAACAAGGCUGAGCUGGUCAAGUCACUGGCCCGGAUGAGCCAGACGCAGACUGGUCUAAUGUCACUAGGCCUCAGCAGGCAGAACAGUCUCCAAUCGGAGGAUGGUGAGAGCCGGGACUUGCCGGACAAGGGGCAAGGAUUCAACCGGGAGCAGCAUUUCCUACAGAAAGUCGUGGCCAUACUGGGGCCCUGCGUCAGGCUAUCGCCUGGGCCUUUCAAGCUCUUUGAGCGAGUUCACCUGGUGUUUUACCGGUCAACAAUGUGGACGGAGAAGUCUCUGACGACGCUGAUCCUCGCCAAGAUAUCCAGGAGGAACUUCCCAGAGUACAUUGUGUGCCGGUCGUCGACCAUAUUCGCGUCGCGCGCGCACCUCGUCGAGUUUGAAGCCGCCGUCAGACUCGGGUCAGAGGUGGACCGCAUCUCGGAAACGUCAGAGGUUCCCGUAGCCGAGGCCCAAAAGAGGAUAUUCAGCAUCUUCGAGACCGUCUACCCUCGGUGGAAGCAGCUGAUUGCAGAAGAGCAGGCAAAAGAAGGGGGCCAAGUGUACGAGAUGGGCGAGGGCGCCUACCUGAGGAGAUUCAUCCCCGCGCAUUCGUACACGCGCAUUGUACACAAGGUCCUGGCCGUCCUUGCCCGAUGGAAAGACCACAGGAGAGAGUACGGUCUGCUGGUAGAGCUCCUGGGUCAGAGAUUCUUCCACCCUGCCCGCCGCGGGGCCUGGUACCAACGCAAGGCCCUGCUGGAAGAACACUACAUGGCAGCCCUGGACGAGGACCCGGCAUCAUCGGACUCGGAGAUUCAGAAGAAGCACUGGAAAAAAAAGGCGAUCGAGACGUGCGAGGCCGGGCUGCAAGAUGCGGACUGCCACCUCAUCUACCACCACGACUUGCAGAAACGACUGGUCAAGCUGGAGAGGAAGCUCAGGAUUCCCAAGAGGCUACAGCACGAUUUUGGCCAUGUACGGCUGACAGACCCAGCCGAGGUGACGGUAGAGGGCAUCCAGAUAGUCGGACGGGACGUGACGCCCAAGCCAGGACGGCAGACCGCCUCGACCAGGACGGCAUGGGUCGACGAAGCGGCAGCAGCAUCCGACGAGGCCGCCCCGGGUGACGGCGAGUGCACCGUCGAAGAAAUGUGCCUGAGCCACUUCCGGUCCCGGGGGUGGAAGGGCUACCACGCGGAGGGGGGCAUCGUCCGCACCCUGUUUGCGUACCUGCUCUACGACGUCCUGUUCCUGUACAUACCCAACGUGUUCCAGACGGCGUACCAGACAUGCCCGCUGGAUCUGCACACCGACGCCUUCUACCCGUCGCGGGCGUCGGAGAUCAACCACCGGCUCGUGCAGAUCGCCAACGGCGAGGGGGAGCGGCUGGUGCGCGAGGUGUGGGCGAGGGAGCACCCGCGGCGGACAAACGUGGUCGGGCUCGACUGGGACUUUGACGUCGACGACGUGGCCGAGCUGGUGGCCUGCUUCGACGGAGAGGCCCUGGCCGCCAUAUGCAAGGUCAUGGCGCAGGAGUACGGGCAGCGAGGCGGGGGGAUCCCGGACCUGAUCCUGUGGCGGAGGGCCGCCGUCGACGGUGCCGAGGAUGGAGAUGGACAGCAAAUAGACAGGAUGGUAGGGGAGGUCAUGAUGGCCGAGGUCAAGAGCAUGAAUGAUCGUCUGAGCGAUACGCAGAGACUCUGGAUCCACGUACUCACCGGGGCGGGGGUCAAGGUGGUGCUGUGCAAUGCCGUGGCCAAGGAGGUAAGGAAGGCGGAUUAG